UGUGAAGCUCUUGCUCAUUUGGCUUCCCGCCUCUCCUCCCUCCCCCUCCCCCUUCACCCCCCUUCCCUUCGCGUCGCCCCCUGCUCGGGCUUCUCCUUCUCUCAUCCCCCCCCCCCGUGCCCCUCCUGUGCCGCGGUGACCCUUCCCCCCGUUCGUUGUUCUCAGGGCCGCUCUCCUUCCCACUGGAGGGACUCGUUGCUGCUGCUCUCCCGCUGCCAGCAUGUACUGGUCUCUCGGCUUUCGGCAGUCCAACUCCCUUGACCUGCUGCUCGAUCGGAGCACGGUCAACCUCGAGGAGCUCCUGAACGACCCUGACAUCAUCAACGAUGUCCGGAACUCGAAGAUUAAGCUGAUCAACUUCCUCUCCCGCCAGGAGAACUGCCGGAAGCUGCUCGACUACAUCAUCGAGGAGCCCGAUCUCUCUGGAACCACCAGCACCGACCACAUUCGCUAUCGGUUCCCUUUCAUUGCCUCGGAGAUCAUUGCCCUUGGUCCGAUCGGCAUUCUUGAGACCAUUCUCAACGAUACGGCCUAUCUCGGUGGUGUGUGGGACCGGUUUUUCUCCAGCCCCCAGGUCAACCCCCUGGAGGCGUCUUUUUUCUCCAAGCUCUUCUGCACUCUCCUGCAGGAGUUCCCCAGCCGUACCUUUGAGCUCAUUUCCUCCUUCACCAAUCCGAUUGAGUGCCUCACUCGCAACAUCCAUGCGUCUGGCCUCUGCGACUUGCUGAUCAAGAUCGUUGUCAGCGAGCAGACCCUCUGCGAGACCCAGACCAACGAGUGGGUCCGCUCCUCAAAUCUGGUCAACCUCCUGGUGGAGAAGAUUUCCGUCGAUUACUCCUCGGACUUCCACUCCAAUGCCCUUCAGCUCCUGAUCGAUUUGAUGUCCUCCAUGCAGGUGACCCUCGGCGCGGAUCAGUCCAUCAUCACCCUCCGGCCACUGGUUGAUGUGUCGGAGCUCAUUAACGGUGGUAUUUUCUCUCGCAUCCUGGAGGAGGUCAUCCGCGCCCACGAGCAUGCCAGCUCCGAGUCGGUGGAGCAGCGCGCCCGGGCCAGCAGCGUCCUGCAGAAUGGCCUGCUGUUCCUGUCGAACAUCGUCGACCACCUGAACAUUUGUGUCUUCCGGUACAAGGAGCGCGAGCAGUUCCACGCCCGGCACAUGCGUCUCGGGGGCGGUGGUGACGAUGAUCAUGACAUCCACUCCCCGGGCGGCAUGGACAACUUCGGUUUCGAGAACGACCUGUGGCUCAAUGGCAUCGACUCGCUGGAGACCCUGAACCAGCUGAUUGAUCGCUUCGUCCAGAUCCUUGACGAGCACCUGGACUUCCUGUUCUCCCUCUUCCACCAUGUCUACGAGCCUACGGGUGAGCUGGCCGGCACCUCCUUCCAAACUUCUGGGCGCUAUGGCGCCGUGCGCUUCCGUGUGGCUGAGUUUUUCUCCCUGCUUGCCAAGCUUGACCACCCGCACUUGCGUGAGCGGGUUCUCCACCUCGGCAUUGUGGAGGAGCUUGUCGAUGCCUUUUUCUCCUUCCCUCUUCACAACCUCCUCCAUCGGGUGGUGUUCGAGCUGAUCAUGAUGAUCAUCAAGGGAGAGUACUCUCCCUCGAAUGCCUUCAUCGAACGCCUAUUCAUCAAUGCGCGCUUUGUUGAGCGCAUCUUCGACGCCUUCCGCCUCAACCAGUCUCUGGAGCAUGAGGUCAAGGGUGCCAACAAUCGCCGCCUGGGCUACAUGGGCCACAUGCUGAUUCUGGCCAACUUGGUUUGGAACUUCUCGGACUUCCUGUACAACAGCCCGAAGCCCGGCACUGCGCGCGCGUCCAAUGGCGAUUAUGACGGCAACGAUUCGGACCCCCCUCCGCCGCAGUACAUCCAGGAGGUGUCGGACGAGGUCCGGGCCAUCUUCUUCUCCGAGGACUGGCGCCUUUUCGUCGAGGACACCCUGGACCAGCUGCUGGAGGAGAGCAAGAUCCCCCUGGGCAGCGGCCAUUCCAUGAUGGACUCCUUCGCGGACCAGGGCCACGAUGACGAUGAGGAGGAGGACGAGCUCGACCAUAUGACCCCCCUGCCGACCGGGGACCUGCUUGGGCUAAUGCUCGGAGCCUCGGGCGGUCUUGGGGGCAAUCACGGCCUCGGCGGCGGUGCCCAUGGCGCCGAUGACGAGGACGACGAAGAUGACGAGGACGACGAGGACGCCAGUGGUGGCCCCGACGACAAGCACGGCGCCGAUGGCACGUCCGAUGAGGACGACGACUUCGAUGACGAUGAUGAUGACGAGGGCACGCGCCAGCAGCGGGCACGCUCCUUGAAGAACCGCCUGAACCUGGAGGGCGACUACCAUGACUCCAGCACGUCGCUCGGUGACAGUGGUCACCGUUCCGGCAACAGCAGCCCCGGUCUAGCUGGGGACCUUCUGGUUCUCGAUGGCGAGGGUGAUGACAACCUUGGCUUCGGUGAGGUUGUCUACGAUGUGGCCACCGGGGCCUACCAGUCGGAUCCGCUGACCAGCGCUGGCACUGCCUCCGGUGCCAGCAUCUCGGGCCUGGCCUCGACGGCUGGCGGGCAGUUUGCCGCGGCCGAUUGGGAGAUGAAGCCCACCGAGGGUGCUGGUGAUGCUGGUUCUUCGACCACUCCGGCUGCCGACUCCUCAUGAGGGAUUUUGUGUGCCGGCCCUCGCGACGCGAUCCCACAUUGAACGUGUAAGUAUGUUUCGAUGAUUGGGCGAGACGAGGCGGAGGAGGAGAAGAAGGGCCGCGAGAUCGAAAAAGUGGGGCCACCCCCUGGUCGACGGCAGAUAGCCAAGCCACGCAUCGGGGAGCCAGACCGCGAUUAUUCAGCGCAGCGACGGAUGGCGAAGUGCCUGUGGCCCCUGUUUUUCCCCUCCACAUGGCCCUGCUCGGAUUUCGGUCCCUUUGUGGUUUCUUGUUUUGUUUGCGAGCGCGCCUACGGGAGGGGGGAGGGGGGCGAAGGAGAUGCGCCAGGGGGAAAUCUCAUGCUCUGCAGCAUUUCUGCCGAUGGCGCGCGGCUUCUUCCUUCCCUCUGGAGCCCAAAUGGGGUUGCCUCCUCUCCGUCAGGCGUGCCUCUCCUCCUCAUACUCGGCAUCUCUCUCUCCCUCUCUCUCCCCCCUUGAGACCUGUCAGGCUGGGUGUCCCUGGGCGUGUUUCCCCACCUUGAGAGCCGUGCAUUUCCUCCCCGCUCUUGUCGUUGCUCGUCCUCCUCUCCAUCCCCCUCCCCUCCUCCUGCCUCCUCCCCUUGGGCCUGCCCUCUACUCCCUCUCCCGCCUGGCCUCCAUGUGCUGCUCUUGUUUCAUGCCGCGCUUUCUUCUCCUCCCUCCCUCUCUCUCUCUCUC